GGUUUUGCAGCUACAAAAAACGGCUGUUACACGCAAAACAGCGAAUUAACGCAUCCUCCUCCAAAGGAAGGGGAGAUAGUGUAAACCUGAUCUAAUCCGGAAUUACCUGCCGUUUACGAAUUAGCUACCACUCGGUAACAUCAGACUCAUUCACUAAAAGGAAGCUUCAUGCACAAAAUAAUCGCACGCUGCAGUGCUUCUGCAUUUUUUUUCCGCAACACUUCCGCGUACUCACCAGCAAGGACGCUGCCAGUUAGCUAUCCUUCUCAAAUCUCACCAGAAAGGGAUGGUCUUCUGUCGCAUCCUUCAAAGUAGCAGACGAGGCCAAGUCAACGCAUCCUUCGAAUCAUCGUUUAUGCCGCACAUCCACACGUGAUAGUUCCAUUCUGAACUGCGGUCCUAACCCUGGCACCGCCGUUCAUUGCCAAGGGUUCCGAACCACAGCUUUCCCCGUUUUCCCCACUGGGAGCACACCACUCGCGCCGCAGCUGCCCUCUGGUGGGCGCCCGAGGCAACGCUAUUGAUCGAAGACGACGAGAGGUUUCCUCGUACGUUUCACGAGGUGGAGUCCACAUAGAGGAUUCAAGGGAAGGAAGGUGACAAUUCAAGGUGUGGAAGACACGAGUUUUACGUGAGCUCACGAUUUUGGACGAAGGACAAACAAUCUCGAAACCGCGAUGACGUCCGUGCAAAAGAAACAACCGUUCACCUUGCGAGAAAGGACCAUUCUCUUGAAGCUGGUGAACAGGCACAGGCGAUUCAUCGAGACGAAAAAGUCCGACGCGGCGUCGCUGGAAGCCAAACACAGGGCCUGGGAACGCGUGACGGCGGAGUACAACAUGCAUCCCGCGGUCAUACCCAGGGACGUGAAACAGCUGAGAAAGUGUCUGGACAAUUUAAAGAGCAAAGCGAAGCGACAGCAGCAACCGCUAGGUGGCGGACCCCACGUCCUCGAUACGGUGUCCGACAGUCCGUACGAAGAAAACGGUGCGGAGGAGGAAGCCUUGGAAACAUUGCCGGAAAUCAACGCUGAAAGUUACUCGAUGGAGAACUCGACAGACUCGUCGUUGUGGAUCACAGCAGACACACCGCCUGUAGCAGAGACGGAAGGGCAACAGCUUGCACUGGAUGCACCAGUCACCAAGAUGGAAGUACCAGAACCAUCGACGUGUCGAGUAGAAAUGCUGGAGCAAGUUUCUGACGGUUCGACGCAAUCCUUUGCGGGCCAUAGUGCCAGAAUAAGUAGUUCCACAGUCGUUCCUCCAGCUCCAUUCAAAGAACGGAAGAACCCUCAAUCACGAACAGCCGCAGACUCCAUUGAAACCGAACUGCAUGCCCGUUUAGACAAGAUUCAAGCAGAGAAAGAAGCCAUGCAAGAGUACCAUGAGUUGAGGAUGAAGUUGGCCAAAGAUGAAAGCGCACUCAAGAUGAAAUUGCUCAAACAGAAGUUUGAGAAUGCAAAGCUGAAGGAACGUCUUAUUGCAUUACAGAUUGGAAAGUUUGGUUAUUCAAACAGUGCAUCCGAUUAAAGUAAACUUUCGCUUUUGAUUUUCGUCGAGUCGAAUUUGGCGGCUCUGCUUCGGCAGAUCGGGGUUGCCGAGCACGGAUCAUAGAUGGCAGCUCUCUACCGCGGAGGAUUGGGUGACUCCUGCCUGUGCGCGUUGCUGAUGGUCCCGUAACUGGAAGCUGUGAUGAUGAGCAGUGAAGAUAGCGAACGUUUUUCACUGAACGAAAAAAAAAAAGAAAAGAUGAAGCAAAUAGAAAAGAAGAUCGCUUGGACCUUGUCAGGCGUCCUCCAGCUGCCGGUGGUGGUGCGAAUGCAUGGUGACAUUGUCACCAAGCUACUCUACCACCUUGUUUGCGGAUGCUGUUCGGGGGAGGAGUGAUAGUCCUUCGUGGGUCGACUUCACGAGGAUGUGUUCCACGUUACAAAAAUGGAGAUGUAAACCGCAAUGCAAUGCUUCCGUGAGUGAUGGAUGCCAAGUUGCUGCCCUGAAGUCCAUAACCAGUUGCGUGGCAACAAUUACAGUACAGUUACCUCUGUCAUCGUCACCGUCAUCAUCAUCGUAUUCAACCCCAAUGGACAUGAGCUAAAAUACAACAGUUCCUAAUCUGGCAUCCGAUUAAUACUAGUCGCGCGGUACGGCAGAAGAUUGUGCGUAAGAGUUUUGUAUUCAACUCUGUACUAAAGUUGUACUCAACUUCUGGUCUGAAUAGUGUGAAAAAAAAUGGCUGCAUAUUUGGCAUUGUGCCAAACGCAAUUAAAUGCGGUAGCUUUGUAAGAUGCCGUCGUUGACGUACGAUACGUUUUGUGUGAAACUCUUUUUGAAAUACUGUUAAAUUUCUAUUGAAAUCCU